AUGGUUGCCAACUCUUUCAAUCCUCAGAUUCAAUCCGGGUCGUCCGAGAAAGAACGGACAACUCCGGAGGCAGAAAGCCGGAAGGAGAAGGUUCCGGUGAAUCAUCAGGUGGCGGAGAGGAAGCGCAGGGAGAAGCUGAACCAGCGAUUCUACGCUCUGAGAAGCGUGGUCCCCAACGUGUCGAAGAUGGACAAGGCCUCGCUGCUGGUAGGGUUUUGGCAGCAAGAGAGGGAAACGGAGCGCGACGAACAUUUUCCAGCGAUUCCACCACAAGCAGCAGCCAUGGCGAGCACGAAAGUUCAACGUAUUAUGACCCAACCAAUUAACCUGAUCUUCAGGUAUCUUCAGAGCAAGGCGCGCAUUCAGAUUUGGCUGUUUGAGCAGAAGGAUCUGAGGAUCGAAGGCCGAAUUAUCGGGUUCGACGAGUACAUGAAUUUGGUGCUGGAUGAAGCUGAGGAGGUCAACAUCAAGAAGAACAGCAGGAAGCAUCUCGGGAGGAUUUUGUUGAAAGGGGAUAACAUCACGCUGAUGAUGAAUACUGGCAAGUGA